CUCCCUGUGCUGAAUACACACACGCACACGUACACACAUGCAGGCAUACACAGACAAACACACACGUACAUAAAAUACGCACACACACAAUCACACACCACAAAAGAAAAUACCCACUCACUUGCUAUAUAGCACGCAAAUACGACCGUGCACUCACAUACAUGUUGUGCAUGCACACAUUCACAUGGACACAUACUGUACACACACACACACACACAUGCAUGUGUACACACAGACACACGCACAUGCACACACAAGCACACACACAGGCACACACAAAUAAGUGCACCCCAGGUCUUAGGUAAUAGUUUACGCAUUGCUGAGUUUUUUCAAUGGGGCAUGGUGUCUUCACAAAGGCUUCUCCUCUCUUCCUGGGCCUUUGUUCUGCCCGUCCACACAGUGCCCUCCCUUCCUCUCUCCAUCUCUCUCCCUCUCCCUCUCUCCCUCUCUCUUUCUCACUUCUCUUCCUCUCUCUGUACUAAAUCUCUCCAUGCCACCGGCGACACACCGGCCUGCUUGUGUAACUCACUAGCCCCCUAAGUGCGCAUGAAAACAUAAAAGGUUCAGCCAGGUACAGAACAUUCGCCGCACUGCAGCCUCAACAGCAUGGCACGUCAAUUUGUUGAAGCCUCAUUUAGCGGCUCGUCUUUGCUGCAAUGAUUUUGUUCCAAAGGUGUGCGAUUUAUGAGGACAGAUCACUGCUCUAACUGCUGUAAAUAAAUCAGGUCAUUUUUAUAUUGAUUAAAAUAAAAAAAGAUCCGUAAUAUGGGAAUUCAAUGUGCAGUGAUUGAUAUACUGGCUGGGAAUUUGGCCUUCUAUUUAAACCUGGCCGUUGAUGGUGGGCAAAAAAAAAUGGCUGAUUUCAAUUGGAUCGUUCAGGGGCCACUUCCAGCAUCUAGCCACUAGGCAGCGACCUGCUUUUGCGAGCUCAGCCUUACCUACUCUACCCAUCCCCCCACCUCUCUGCUUCUGUCGCUCAGGUGAUGCGUACCGCACAGGAGAGAGCGAGAGAGGGAGAGAGAGAGAGGGAGAGAAAAAAAGAGAAAAGGGGCGAGGUAGGAAGAGAGAGAGACAGAGACACAGAGAGAGAGGGGGAGAACAGAGAGCAGUUAUUUUCCACUGGCUUGGCAGUUCUAUCGUCAUUAGCGUCAGGAGUACAGAGGCAGAGGAGUACCUGGAGAGAGAGAGAGAGAGAGCCAGGAGCAGAAAACAGCAGCAGGAACAGGAGCAGGAGCGGCGGAAGCCUCACAAUGCAGCAGUCACCUUUGCCUAAGCACCUCGCCUCGCCUCGCCUCGCCUCGCCUUACCUCGCUUCGACACUUCUCUCUACACCACACCAUGCCUCACCCAAUUGCCUCGCCUUUCCUUGUCUUGUCUCACCUCAGAUUUUUCACGCCACCACCAAGGCGAAAAGGCUGGACUAGAGAUAAUACAGGAGACACGCAAGGCGAUGAUAAUAGACGACAAUGGAUAACUGUGUCUGCGACUUGGAUGAUAAGCGGAGAACAAAAUGGGAAGGGAUACAAAAAAAAAAGAAGAAAGAUAUACCACUGGAACCUGACCCACGUUCUAAAGGAGGGAUAGUAUUAUGGUCAGGUCACCUCUCAUACUCACCUCUGAUUUGGAUACCGAUUUUUUUUUGGGUUGAGAGAGACCAGCUUUGAUGGAGGAUAAAAUGGGGGAAAUGGAGAGAACGAGCGAAAAAGGAAGCGGGUUAAGGUGUGGCAGUCCGCACCGUUGCCCCGGAGUAGUCGCCGUAUGUGCGAUGGGACGGAGGAUGGACGAAUGGAUGGAUGGAUUGCUGGAUGACGGAUACGUGUCAUCGUGGCACUUGAACUACAGUGAUAGUGCUGAACUACGAGAAUGUAAUGGAGGGCGGCUCCGAGUCAGAGGAGGAGGACAGGCUCUUGGCGUCGGAGGGCGAGGGCAGCCCAGCAGCAGCAGGAGUGCCCAGCCUGGAGGCGUCGCCGCGCGUGGGCCAUGCCCCGCUGCCCUUCCGCGGCCAGCAGGAGGACGGGGACAGUAGGGACGGCCCUGGCAACCACGUGUGGCGGCACGGCGACAUCAAUGGUACUGAGGAGGGAAAAGAUGAAUACAACCCCAUGAGCCCAGACGUUUCUCUGCACGGAGUUGGCAAUGGUUCAGUCAAGGGAGACGGCUCCUCGGAGCUGGAGAGCUUCUUUGCCAAGAGGAAGCUGGAUGAGAGCGAGGGCCACGCGGCCAGCAUCGCAGAGUAUCUGCAGCGUGGAGACACCGCCAUCAUCUACCCAGAAGCCCCCGAGGAGGUGACCCGCCUGGGAACGCCCGAGGCCAACGGGCAGGAUGAGAACGAUAAUGACCUGGCACCCAGGACGCCGGAUGACUUUGCCCAGCUGUUGACCUGCCCUUACUGUGACCGCGGCUACAAGCGGCUGACAUCGCUGAAGGAGCACAUCAAGUACCGGCACGAGAAGAACGAGGAGAGCUUCCCCUGCCCGCUGUGCAGCGAGGCCUUCCCAUACCGCACGCAGCUGGAGCGCCACAUGGCCACCCACAAGCCGCCCAGAGACCAGCAGCCCCAGAUCAUAAGUAAUGAAGCUGCCACUAACCGGAAGUUCAAAUGCACUGAGUGUGGCAAGGCGUUCAAGUACAAGCAUCACCUGAAGGAACAUCUUAGAAUCCAUAGCGGUGAGAAGCCGUAUGAGUGCUCCAACUGUAAGAAGCGCUUCUCCCACUCGGGCUCCUACAGCUCCCACAUCAGCAGCAAGAAGUGCAUCGGCCUGAUCGCCAUCAACGGCCGCGUGGGACGCAACGGUGUGGGCGGCGGCCCCAACAGCAAGCCCGGCUCCUCCCCCAACUCCACCGCCUCCUCCCCGGGCAGCCCCGCUCUGGCUCAGCUCCGCCACAAGCUGGAGAACGGCCGUCCCGGGAUGACCGCAGCAGACCACCACGCCGACAUCAAGGCCGAGCCCAUGGACUUCGCUGAGUACCGUCUCAUGAUGCAGCAGGAGUUCGGAGGACAUCACCACCCAGGGGGUUAUGUCAACGGAGGUGGUGGGAGGGGCGGCGGGAGCCCCCUGGGAGUCCAUGCUCCUUCCCAGAAUCCACUGCAACACCUUGGGAUGGGGCUGGAGUCUUCCUUGCUGGCACAUCCCAUGAUGGCCAACAACCUGAGCGAAGUGCAGAAGGUCCUGCAGAUCGUUGACAACACCGUCUACAGGCAGAAGCUGGCGGACGGCAACCCUGAGGACAUCUCCAAGCUGAGGGCCUACAUGAAGGAAGUCGGGGCUCAGAUGGAAGAGCAGAAGCUUGCGCUGGCCGCCUCUCCCAGGUUCCCCGGUGGCGUCGGCCACAACAGCCCCACCAAAAGCAUUAUCGACUACACCCUGGAGAAGGUCAACGAGGCCAAGGCCUGUCUCCAGAGCAUCACCGAGGACUCAAAGAGGCGGGUGAUGGACAUCAAGAAGGAGAAAGGCCCAGACCACCACCAUGGGGCGGACGAGAAGAUGAGAGAAGACAGGGACGGCCAGUUUGCGCCGUUCUCCUGCCAGUACUGCAAGGAGACCUUCCAAGGGCCCAUUCCCCUGCACCAACACGAGCGGUACCUCUGCAAGAUGAACGAGGAGAUCAAGGCUGCACUGAAGCCGAACGAAAGUCUUACUCCGAACCACCGGGGGAUGUUCUCCGAACAGCAGGCCAUGAUGCUGCAGUCAGCCCUGUCUGAGCGGGGAGCCACCAGCCCCAUUAACCUCUUCAAGGACCAUGUGUCCGUCCUGAAAGCGUACUUUGCCAUGAACACCGAGCCAAACUCUGAGGAGCUGCUGAAGAUCUCCAUUGCCGUGGGUCUUCCCCAGGAGUUUGUCAAGGAGUGGUUCGCACAGUGGAAGGCCCAGUCGCUGCAAAACGCGUCCAGGAAACGGUCCAGGUCACCUGCCCCUGAGCGAAGCAGCGUGGACAGCAACCAUGGCCUGGCUCGGGAAUCAGCACUUGCCAGAUCCCCCAUUUCCCUUGCCCAGUACGCAGAGGCCGUCUCAGAGCACCAGCGCAAUGGUGACAUGGGGCACAGACUAAGCAAACCCCACCAGUUUACAGGUGUGAGGCGUGAGAUGGGGGACAAACCACUGGACUCCUCCUUGGACCACUUGAGAAGUGACACAUCUUCACCCUUGAACCUCUCGUCCACCUCCUCCAAGAACUCAUACAGUAGCUCUUACACUCCAAACAGUCUUGCCUCCGAAGACGCUCACGUUGACGCUCCACUGGAUUUGUCACUGCCAAGACACCUAAGGGACCUCAAGCCGGAGCGCAAGCCCAAGGUCAACGGCUUCACUAUCGAGCGCAGCAACGAGCCCCUAAAACACGAGAAGGGAUCCGAUCCUCUGGAUCUGGCCCACAUCAAGAAGGAGUUCAGCGGGUCCAACAACAACAACGGCAUGGCUAACAACCACAACAACGAGAGCCAGCAGGAGAAGAGCUCCAGUCCCAUAUUUGGCAUCAACCCCUUUGGUGGGGGUCAUAUGUACACUUCGCUUCCACCACAUGGGGCUUUUCCACCGCCCACCUUCAUGCCUCCUGCCCAGGCCAGCAUCCCAGGGCUGAGGCCCUACCCAGGGUUGGACCCCAUGAGCUUCCUGCCACACAUGGCUUACACUUACGCCGCUGGGGCUGCCACGUUUGCAGAAAUGCAACAGCGGAGGAAGUACCAACGAAAGCCCGGCUUCCAGGGGGAGCUACUGGACAGCACAGCAGACUAUCUGUCAGGCUUGGAAGACCUGACAGACACCGAUUCCCUGCUCUCACGGAAGAAGAUUAAGAAGACAGAAAGUGGUAUGUACGCGUGUGACUUGUGCGACAAAACAUUCCAGAAGACCAGUUCCCUCCUAAGACACAAAUAUGAGCACACAGGCAAGAGACCCCACCAGUGCCAGAUCUGCAAGAAAGCCUUCAAACACAAGCACCACCUGAUCGAGCACUCGCGCCUCCACUCGGGCGAGAAACCCUAUCAGUGCGACAAGUGCGGCAAACGCUUCUCCCACUCGGGCUCCUACUCGCAGCACAUGAACCACCGCUACUCCUACUGCAAGAGGGAGGCGGAGGAGCGCGAGGCCGCCGAGAGGGAGGUGCGGGGCGAGGGCAAAGGAGGCACCCCUCUGGGAGGAGGAGGAGGCGGAGUAGGAGGAGGAGGAGGAGGAGGGCCGCUCAUGGAGCCCACCGAACUGCUCAUGAGGAGGGCCUACCUGCAGGGCCUCGGGCCCCUGGGGCCGUACUCCGACCCGGAGGACCAGGCGGAGGACGGGCGUCACGGGGGCCGAGGAGGUGGAGGCGGUGGUGGUGGUAACACCAUCCUGCGAGACGGCUCGGAGGGAGGAGGCCAGGGAGGGGUCAAGGAGGCGGAGAACGGAGCGUACAGGGAAGUGAUGGACAGGCGGGCGGGAGGGGAGGUGAGGUUUGGUGGAGGAAUGGGGGAGGAGGAGAUGAUGGAGGCUGAGGAGGAGGAGGAGGAAGAGGAGGAAAGGGAAGGGCACGGGAGGAAGAGCCCGGCGAUGAAGGACGACGAGGGCAGGGAGAUGGGAGGAGAGAUGAGGGGUGCGGAAGAGAAGGACAGCUCGCCUGGAGGGAAAACGGAGAGCAAGUCAGACCGUGAAGAGGAAGAGGAGGAGGAGGAGGAGGAGGAAAAGGAGGACUCUCAUUAACUACUACUGCAUUUUUUGGAUACAAGCUUCCAGCAUUCUUUUUUCGCCCUUUUUUUUCUUUUUUUUUGUCUUUCACACUUUCUCAUGUGCUUGGUUUCCCUUCUUCGACUCCCGUGGCAGACUUGAAGCCAAAUUUGUUUUAGCAAAAAAAAAAACAACAACAACCAACAAACAAACGAACAUACAGACAGACAGACAAACAAGCAAACGAGAAACACACUGCUGUGGUGGCCGAGUUGUUCAAGUGUGUGCCUGAGGCUCUAGAGACCAUGAAAGCAAGUCGCGUGUCAAAGUGUGGCAAAAAGGACAAAAAAUGUAAUAGUCAAGGCUGGGUGGGAUUGUUUAAAAAUCCGUAUUAUGCAAAGUAUAAGUAAUAAUGUUCAUCAUUAUGAAAUAAUAAAUAAAAAAAUGAAGUUCUUUUUUAUGUACAGCAUGGGCGCCUCAAAAGUUGUUUGGUGCUGAUGUCCUAAACCCCUGUGUUUCAUUGUGUGUAUAGCACAAACCAGGAAAUUGCACUCUGUUAAAUCACUACAGAAAAAGAAGAAAUAUUAGAAAAAAAUGAAGUGUUGCCUAUGUGUACACGUCUUGUCAACGUGUCUGCAGGCACAGUAGCAGUGCGCUGGUGUAAUAUUAUGUCUACCACUUAUUGUGACGUCCUUGGUUUUGCCCUUCCUAUAUUUGCCAGACCAGCCACACAUCCUGGGCCUCGCUCUGACUCUUUUGUAUGUGAAACAAUGCUAUUUAAACAAUACCUGUACCUGUUUUCAACAUGUCUGAAGUCUUAAAACGACUGGGGACGCGGGUGGGGUGGUUUGGGGCGGGCAAUUACAGGGAAAGGGGAGAUUGAAGCUGUGUUGGGCUCAUUGUCUGGUGUGUUGUUGCGAGCCUCACUUUUGUGUUUCUUUUUUUAAAAGAAAAAGCCUUAUAUGCAAACCCUCUCACCUGUGUGUAUCUUAAAGUGCCAUCCUUGUACAGCGCAACGCAAAGUUUACUUGUGUUUCUCUUUGCGCCGGCUUCAGUAUUAAAUAAACUAUUCACCCUGUUCUUUGAAGUACCUAUGUCAGUAUUAGUAUAGCUAGACUGCAGUUCUUUAGUUUACAUAUGUCUGUGCAAUUUUCAGUAUUUUCAUGUUUUUUGUCAGUAUUACUUUUUUUGUUCUUAUUUUUUUCCAAGUUCAAAUUUCAUUUGUUUUAAAUUUAAAAUACCAUUUUAUUUAUGUGACUCAUUUUAUAUUUCCUAAUUUUAUUUAUUUCAUACUGUAGUGUACAGUAUUAUAGUUCCUCAAUAUAUAGAUAUAUUUUAGUAAAAGGAUCCUGUCAUUGAUUAAUGGAGCAAAUUUUACAUAAAAAAGAGCAUUUAUUGUAUCAGGAACCAUUCAUUGUACAAUGCAAUGUUAAAAUUUUCUUUUAAUUGUUCUCUUUCCUUCACUUUCCAGAUACUGGAAACUCAAAAAUUUGGGAACUUUUGAUACCGUACUGUGAAAACACUGUAUUUUUGACUGAAAGAAGAAAAAUUCCACUUUAUUCUUUUUUUUUAGCUAAAGAGAUGAAGAGGGACUGAUGUUAAUGGGAUUCUUGAAAUGUCUGUUGAAGUGUAAUUGAAUUUUUAAUUUGUAAUUUCUCUUGGAAAUGACCUUGCUCGAAUAAAU